UGCAGCAGUAAAGCCAGGAGUGUUGCAGUAGAAGUAGCAGGCCAGGCCUGCACGGUGGUGGUGUGGCGGGAUGGGGGCACCGGCGCGCUCGGCGCCCGCCCGCAGGCCCCCCGGGUCCCGGGCGCUAUAAAAGGAGGCCCUCCGGGGAAUUGGAAACCCACCACCACUCCCUGUUUCGACUUGUUCUUCCCCCAUCUCGCAGCAGAGGGGCUGUGCUGCUUGCAGUUCGUCCGGCGACUCGUCUCCUACGCUUCCCCUUCCUCCCGAAAGGCCGGUCCUUGCAUGGCAGCAGCAGCUAGCUUCAAGGGGCGGGCGAUCGCUGGGAGCUUCGUCAGCCGCGUCCUGGCUGGCAAGGCCACCUCCCCGAGGAGGGCCGUGCACGCCUCGUCGUACGACAAGAACCUGGAGGACCAGGUGCGCCCGGCGUUCGUGCCGGACGAUGUGAUCGGCGGCGCCGCCAACCCCGACAAGUACUGGGGCCCCCACCCCAAGACCGGCGUCUUCGGCCCGGCCGCGGUGGAUGCCAACCUGCCCGCCGGCGGCGCGCCGGACGCCGCUGCGGAUGCUCCGGGCACAGUGCUGGACCAGAAGGUGUGGUUCCGCCCCCUGGAGGACGUCGAGAAGCCGCCGCCCGUCGCCUGAGCGAGGCGCACCGGCCGGGCGCUCGCAGCCGGCGCACGGCCUUGCUGGUAAGGCAGGGAGAGCCUGGCGCUGAUACACCUAUCACUCUGCUCAGCUGGGCCCCCUUGCGGCUUAUCGCUAUAAUACUGCUUGGUUAGCAAGUGUGUGUGUGGCUGUGCUUAAUAGUAGUACUGGUUAAUCAGGCAUGGCGUGCGUCAGGACCUGUACAAAAAUGAUGCUCGUGCUCGUGCCUGUAAUAAGAGCAAGCAGGAGGUGUGUGCCUGUGCUUCUUGUGGAUGUGACGAUGUACCUGUGUUCUUAUCAGUGUUAUAAGUAUCUGGAUCCUUGGUUGUGCA